AUGGACAUGCCCGAUAUUUCAGACAACCGGCCGGUCAGAGGAGGCUCGUCGCUAUCCUUCUCGCCGACAAUUGUACUGGAUGAGACCAUCGACACCAGGUCCGAGUACAACCAACAGCUCGACACGCCUCCCAAUAUACCCCAAGAGCAGUUUGUGCCCGAAGACCAUAAGCCGAGGGAGACACUCGACGAACAAUGCUCGGAUAUAACGCGCCGUCGCAAUUACUACGUGAACCAGUUGCCUCUUCUUCAAGCGACGAAUCCCUAUGAUGGCUCCGAACAAUUUAACCCGGUCAAUGAGGAGCACGAAGAUGGGUCUUUUGAUCUCGUUGCGCCCUACGAGGGCGAUGGAACCCCACUCCACUCGCUCGAGCGCCAAGCAGAUGCUAUGUUCUGUUCCGAACAUAUGUUGACGAUCUUGACCAAUCCACCCUAUCUGGCCCGCUUUCGAGAUUUCCUUGUCGCCGAGCGGCCCAAGUCAAUUCCCGUCUUAACCUAUUAUCUCAAUGCGAACAAGGCAUUGAAGGCGCUCCAGUAUGCCAAUUCCCUUGUUCGGUUGUCGAUUGAUGUGCCAACUGCCGGUAUCAAGAAUUCAAAGCAACUGGUUGGCGACACUGCAAAUGUGGCGCUUGAGGCUCGUGUCCAAGAUGCCCUUGAGGCCUUGACGGCGGAGGAAUUGCCUGCGUUCAUCACUUACACCUGCAUUAGCAUCACCAGCAAAGUCGUCGAAGAGCGCGUGCGAGGAACACUCCCGGAGAAGUUCCAGGGCACAUCCGAUGCACUCGCAGAGGUAUUCUGCUUGACAGACCCGUCUCGCCCGGAUAACCCAAUUAUCUUUGCCUCCGGAGAAUUCCAUCGAACCACGCAAUACGGCAUGGACUAUGUGCUCGGCCGCAACUGUCGGUUCCUGCAAGGCCCCAAGACCAACCCAAACAGUGUCCGACGUAUUCGUGAAGGAAUUCAAGGUGGACGCCACCACUCUGAACUAUUCCUCAACUACCGUCGCGACGGCUCCCCUUUCAUGAAUCUUCUUCAGUGUGCUCCUCUUUGCGAUAGUCAUGGCAAAAUUCGCUACUUCAUCGGAGCGCAAAUCGACGUCUCCGGCCUGGCAAUGGAUGGCGCACAGAUGGAGUCUCUUCGAGAACUAAAAAACCGACAAGAAAACCCCGAAAUCGACUCAGAAUGGAAGAAAGACAAAACUGAGUUCCAGGAGCUGGGUGAACUCUUCAGCCCGCGCGAGCUGCAGAACAUUCACGCAUACGGUGGAAACCUUUUCCAGCCUGUUCUCAAUGAUAUCAACCCUAAGAGCAGCCGUCUUUAUAUCCCAGGUAGCCCAGACCACGAAUACGAGCCUCGGGUCAACAUUAAGACGCCUUCACCAAGCGCGUCUCUUACAGGUGUUUACAGACACUAUCUCCUUGUCCGCCCAUACCCAUCUCUUCGAAUCCUCUUCACAUCUCCGUCGCUUCAAAUCCCUGGAAUGCUGCAAUCAUCAUUCCUCUCCCGCAUUGGAGACACCGGGGAAAAGCGUGACAGCAUCCUCCACGCCAUGAUGGCGGGUCGUAGUGUCACAGCUCGCAUCAAGUGGGUGACCCGCUUCAGCAGUGACGAGGGACGGUAUCGCUGGAUCCACUGCACACCGCUUCUUGCUAACAACGGUGAGGUUGGUGUCUGGAUGGUCGUGAUUAUUGACGAUGAAGAUGAGGCGGGUAGCCAUGUUAGCUGGAACGGCAACUGGCCCAGCUACUAA